AGAGACUUCUCUCAAAGUGCUAGACAAGCAGUGUCGGAUGGCCUCAGCACAGCCCAAAAGAAAGCGGCAGCCCUUUGCCCACCUUCUCCUAGUCUAGCUUCCCAGGAGCAGCACCCGCUCUCAGCCUGCAAGAAAAAAUUCUGAGAAGCAUCACCAGAAAGAGGUUAGGCUAGAAGUAGGAUAGAGAACCCUCGUCUGGAAGACAGAACUCCUGUGCCAGCUCCCUCUGGAGGUAAUCGGGAGUCAGAUCCUUCAGAAGGCUCACUGGCAUCUGCCUCCCGGUGUGGUGGCGACCUGGGACAGGUGAGGUGAACCAGCCAGAGGCCCCAGGGUGGCUACAGGUCCCUGGUCUCCCAGGAUGGAUUCCAGCAGGCUGGAGCAGGAACUACAGUGGAUGAAGUUGGUCUGGGAGGAGGCCUCGGCAGACAAGACCGAGGGACCUCUUUCCCCCCAGGACUGGAGCGCCCUGUUUCAAGCAGUGUGGCGGGGUGCUCCUAGCCUGGUGAUGCAGCUGCUGAGGCAAGGCUCCAGCGUGGCGGAGAGGGAUCACAUGGGCCGGACUCCACUCCAUCUGGCUGUGAUGCGAGGCCACGCGCCGCUGGUUCGCCUACUGCUGCAGCGUGGGGCCCUGGCAGGCGCAGUUGACCACACAGGGCGCACACCGUUGCAUGAGGCUGCUUGGCACGGGCACUCGAACGUGGCAGAACUAUUGCUGCGGCGUGGGGCCUCAGCAGCAGCAUGUUCUCAAAUAGGCCUCACCCCCCUGCACGGGGCAGCUGCUCUGGGCCGCACACUGCUGGUUACAUGCCUUAGGUCAGCUUCAGGUGCCGGCCCUGAUGUCAAAGAUGUGAGAGGUUGGACUGCCACACACUGGGCAGCGGCUUGCGGGCAACUGCCGGCGCUGGAGCUUCUGACUGCUGGAGGCCGCGGAGACCUGAACGGCGCCCUGCUGGUGUCCGCAGUGGCUGGAAGUGCAUCUGCGUUGCAGCUUCUCCUGGCACUGGGGGCAAAGGUGGACGCCCUGGACAGCACGGGAGCCACUGCACUUGGCCUGGCAGCUGGCUUCGGCCAUUACCAAGACGUUGAGAUGCUGCUGGGCCACGGGGCAGACCCAAGUAGCAGGGACAGGAACAACCGCUCUGCGCUCCACAGGGCUGCAGCUGGCGGCCACCUACCUGUCCUCCAGCUGCUGCUAGCCAGGGCUGCUGGCGUGGACGCUCGAGACUCACUGGGCCUCACGCCCCUGCACUAUGCUGCUCAGGGAGGCCACGUAGACGUUGUCAGCCAUCUCCUGGACAGGGCUGCACACAUCAAUGCCACUGGCUGGCUCCACAAGACCCCGCUGCACCUUGCCGUGGAGCGAGGCCACGGUCCCACUGUGGAGCUUCUGCUGAGCCGAGGAGCCAACCCUGCCUUGAGGACACAGUGGGGUGAAUCGGCCCAGAUCAGGCACUGCCUCAUUUCCUCUACUCACCAAACUUCUCAGAAGAUACAGAAAGAUUAAAAAGUAGAGCUGAGCUUCUAAGGAAAUUAAGAGUUCAGGGCUGCAGAGGAUAUCUAUCUAUCUAUCUAUCUAUCUAUCUAUCUAUCUAUCUCCUAUUGUAUAUACAAUGUUUUGUCUGCAUGUACACCUGCAGGCCAGAAGAGGGCACCAGAUUUCAUUAUAGAUGGUUAUGAGCCACUAUGUGGUUGCUGGGAAUUGAACUCAGGACCUCUGGGAGAGCAAGCAGUGCUCUUAACCUUAGCCAUCUCUCUAGCCUGGGAGGAUAUCUUUUUUUUUUUGGGGGGGGGAGGAUAUCUUUUUGUUAAGAUUUGCUCACCAAGAAUAUAACCUAGUGGUUAUAUUCUCAUCUCAAAUGGAUUAUAAUUCUGCCAGGCAGGUAAGAUAACCCUGGUUAACAACUACAAAAACAAAACAAAACAAAGUGGUUUAUUUAGAAAUAACUGUGACAAUGACAAUAUUUUUGUUAUGUAAAUCUCCCAUUAGUUCAAAAUGGCCACAGUUGCAGUUUCCAGCUCUUUACAACAUGUUUAAAUGCUUAAAAUGUAAGUUGGUUCUAGGACCUAAACAAGACUUACAAUUGACAGUGUGCAUGAAAUGUUAUAGCUCAAAAUCUACAUAAGUUGCAGAAGGUGGGGCCUCUUUGGGUGUUAGUCAGAGCCCAGCAUUAAGGAUUUUCCACUUACUGGUUCCUGGAUGCCUGGAGUAAAUUCAUGUCUGCUGGCGGUACCCUGCUGCUUCCCUGGGAGCCACAGCCCCGUCUUCCUGAGCUGCCUUCUGUGAGGCUAAGCUUUAGUGGCUGUAAUGGGACAAGAAGACUCCUGACUCCUUCCAGGGAGAGACCAUCUGUCUGGUCAGAGAGAAAUCAACUGAGAAUUUUUGGAAAGAGAAGGUGUUGAUGGCUUGAUUUCUGUACUCAGGAGCAUAACUUCCCAAAUCCAGCCUCCUCCACAUGCUGGUUAGGUUGAGUAUUGGCAACAGAUUUGACUAAAACCUCGUGGUUUCUCCUUUGUCUGCUCACCAUGGGGCUCCCCUUUACCUUGACUCUUGACUGUGGAGAUGUUCUGUUUAUAUUUGUCUUUCAUAUUAGUUUCUUUUCUCAUCCCUGUGACAUGAUACAUGAAAAAAGUGACUUGUGGCUCAUAGUUUCGGAACAUACAGUUCAGUCUGUGGAUGUGGCUCUGGUGGAAGAUGCCUGGCAUGCACAUGCCACUGACAGCUCCUGGGAAGAAGCUGUGUGCAUCUGCAAAGACUGACUAGAGCUGCAGGGAUGUGGAGAGGUUGGAAUGCUGCAGCUCCAGAGCACUUUUUCUCAAGCUAGCUUUAGCUCCUGGAUAGCCAUUCCUUGCUCACCUCUGUGUUAGAACUAACAACCCGUGACUAACAGAAAUAUUUUGGAAUCUAUUAACUUAGUAUAACACUAGCUUCCACCAAUCCAAAAGCUAAAAAUGUCAUCUGAGAGCCAGGCGUGGUGGCACACACGUUUGAUGCCAGAACUCUGUGAGGCAAGCCUGGUCUACAUAGUGAGCCCAGGACAGCCAGGGCUACACAGAGAAACCCCAUUUUGAAAAAAAAAUUCAUCCGAGGCCUAUAGGAGAGCUUCCCCAUGUUGCUGUAAACACCUCUCUGAUAUUUCCAGCCAUGUAUUAAAAAAGUGUCUUGAUUUAUGGCUUUCUUUGAUCUGUUAUGAGAAAAACUUUAGGAAGCUGCGCAUGGUGAUACAUGCUUUUAUUUUUACUUAUUUUUUUGUUGUUGUUUUGUUUCAUUUUUUAAGACAGGGCUUCUCUGUGUAGCCAUGGUUAUCCUGAAACUUGUUCUGUAGGCCAAUCUGGCCUCAAAUUCACAAAAAUCAGCCUGCCUCUGCCCUCCCCGACAAGUGCUGGAAUGAAAAGCAUUUGCUACAACACCUGGCAAAGUUUUUGCUUUUUUUUUUUUUCCAGACAGUGUUUUAUUUUACAGCCGAGGCUAGCAGACCACCUAUCUUGGGUUCCAGAGCACUAGAGUUAUAAGUCACUAUGCUCAAGCUCAGAAAGCCCUUCUUCUUGCUUGUUUUGAGGCAGUUUCCCCAUGCAAUAGUUUUCCAUGUCCUCCAUCUCUAGAGAUCCUCCUGCCUCUGUCUCUUGAGUGUUGGGAUUAAAGGUGUGUGACACCACCUUUAAUGCAAUCACAUCUGUCCCAGCCCCAAAAGCUCUCUCUCCCUGCCUUUCUCUCUCUCUCUCCCUAUCUCUCUCUCUCUCUGUGUCUGCCUCUGUCUCUGUCUCUCUUUUCUGAGACAGGGUUUCUCUGUGUAGCCUUGGCUAUCCUGGAACUCACUCUGUAGAGCAGGCUGGCCUUGAACUCACAGAGAUCCACCUGCCUCUGCCUCCCCUGUGUUGGAAUUAAAGGCGUGCAGCACCACCUCAGAAAACUCUUCUUUCUUUAGGUAGAAUACCAAGUAAAUGUGGAAGGGAUGGGAAAUUUAGAAAAUCACCAAUGGAUAUUCAAAUUAGCAUGAAUUAAAUGAAGGAUAGAACAUUUACAUCAUCUCAAAAUGCUAAGUCCAUGGAUGAGUGUUGCUUGAAUAUCUUGUUCAAAAAGGUAACAUCUGUCACCAGUUCCCCAGAGAGCUAGUGAAGUCAUGAACACUGGUCACCUUCACCCAAUACAACACUUUGCUCUUCCACCAUCUUGGCUUCAGAACUCUUGGAUUUGUGAUGGUAUAACAGAUCCCACCUCUUUCUUUCCUCUUCUGAGUGUGUUAUACACUGUAUCUUAAUCAGGAGGUCAGGACUAACAUGACCAAUGCUGGUACAACUGACUUAAUUCACAACUUCCUACCACCAGAUCCCGAGGACACAAUAUAAUUUUUGCACUGGUUACCAAAAAUGUAUAAUGCUGUCUCAAAAAACCUUGAUUCUAAGCAUGAGGGAAGAGAUAAAUUCAGAUUGAAGAAGCCUACAAAUAUUGGACUCUCCUCUUCUGUAAUCUCAUGAUCAUUCAAGACAUCAAGACAAAAAAAUCAAGGCUGGGAGCUCCAGUUCAGUAACAGAGCAGGUCUCCAGGAUGCAAAAGCUACUGUGUUCAAUCUUCAAUUUUUAACAACAUACAGAGAGAGUGAGAGGGAGAAGGGGAGACACACACACACACACACACACACACACAGAAAGAGAGAGAGAGAGAGAGAGAGAGAGAGAGAAAGUGCUAACACAAGUAUCAAAUGCAGUGAGUGAAUCAGUGGAACUGAAUCCUGAACAGAAAGAAAAGCUAUAAAGAACACCUAGAAAAAGUUGUAUAUGGACUAUAGGUUAGGUCAAGGCUACUUAACCACUCAUGACCCAUUUUCUUUCUUUUUUUUUUUUUAAUUUACUUUUUAUCCAUAAUCAUAAACUUAAGUCUGCAAUCCAGCUAGUCUUGUAGGGGAGUGAGGAAACUGUGGAACCCAAAGAAUUUCAGUGAGAGCAGAGAUUACAGGCCACUGUGAGCAGGUGGGGCGGGGCGCUCUCCUGAGCUAUAGAAGGAAUGGUCUGGUAGGUAAGAAGCCCACAAGUCAGAAGAGUUAGAGCUGUCCACAGUCGGCAAUGGUGAUCUUGCCAGUCUUGACAUCCCCGGACCCAAAACGCUCCAUGGCUUCCACAAUGCUCACGUCGUCUUUCACCUUCCCAAAGACCACAUGCUUGCCAUCCAGCCACUAGUCUUGGAGGUACAGAUAAACUGGCAGCCGUUUGUGUUUGGUCCAGCAUUUGCCGUGGACAAGAUGCCAGGACCCAUAUGCUUCAGGAUGAAGUUCUCAUCCUCAGACUUCUCCCUGUAGACGGACCUGCUGCCAGUGUCGUUAUGGCGUGUAAGUCACCACCCUGGCACAUGAAUCCUGGGAUAAUGCUGUGAACGCAGGAACCCUUCUAUCCUUUCUCUCCAGUGCUCAGAUCACGAAAGUUUCUGUCUUUGGAACUUUGUCUGCAAACAGCUCAAAGGAGACGCAGCCCAAGGGCUCACCAUCCGCAGCAAUGUCGAAGAGCACAGUGGGGUUGGCUAUGGCUGCAGCAAAAGAUGACAAGGGACAGCAGCGUCAGCAUCAGCAUCGGCCCAUUUUCACUAAAGAUGAUUUUUAUAUGACUCUGGGUAUUUUAGAAUUAGUGUGCUUUCCCAGUGAAAAACCACUCUAGUACUUAGAGAUAUUAAGAAAAAAACUUUUUAACAAUAGUGUAUGACUUGUUCUAGGUAACAGUUUCAUGGCCCCAAGUUAUACUUUGAGCAAUUAAACAUGUUUCACAGAGACAGAAGUUCCAAGGUUUGGUUGUUUGGAUAACAACCAAAUGGGGAUAUUUACAAUGUAAAACUACUGUCAUAGUUAUGUCUGGAGAGACCAGGGCUUCUUUUCCCAGACAGUUAUUAACUUGGUCAUCCUCUCUACCUGGCAGAAUUAUGUUCUUUUGGAUAAGAGAACCAGUUCUGCCCCUUUGACUUCUCCUACAAAGGCAUGUCCUUUGAUAUGAAAAUGGGCCUAAUGGACAGCUGUGAGCCAGGACUGUGUGUUUUUGUUAUGUGAAUAGCACCCAAUUGGUGUCAAUCUUAGUGAACAAAUCUUUUGUUUUUAACUAAAUUAUUUUUAUUUUAUCAUUUUAUGUGUAUGGGUAUUUUGCCUGCAUUUAUGUAUGUCUAUCUGUGUACUUAGUGCUUUUAGGGCCCACUGAGGUCAGAAGAGGGUAAUGGGUCCCUUGGAACUGGAGUUAAAGACAGUUGUGAGCAGUCAUAUGGGUGCUGGGAAUUGAACCUGGGUCCUCUGGAAGAGCAGAAAGUGCUUUUAACUACUGAUUCAUCUUUCCAAACGCCCUAACAAACAAAUAUUAACAGAAACAUAUUGCAGUAAAGCUAUUUUUUUUUUCAGUUUGGUUUUUUUGAGACAGCCUUGGCUGGAACUCACUCUGUAGACUAGACUGGCUUGGAACUGCCUCUGCCUCCUGAAUGUGAGACUAAAGGUGUGCACCACUGCCCAGCUCAUAAAGCUAAUUUUUUUUCCAAAAAAAAUUAUCUUGCAUGUGGGUGUAUGGCCAUGUAUCAUUUGCAUACAGUGCCCUGGAGGCCAGAAGAGGGCGUUAGAUCCCUGGAAUUGUAGUUAAGGAUGAUUGUGAGUCAGCUUAUGGGUGCUGGGAAUUGAACCUGAGUCCUCUGAAAAAAAUAAGUGAUCUUAACCACUGGGCCAUCUUCUCCCCAACCCAAGUAAACCUAAAUCUUAAUUAUGUUAGAAGUACAGAAAAACAGGGUUUCUCUGUGUAGCCUGGCUGGCCUUGAACUCACAGUGAUCCGCCUGCCUCUGCCUCCCUGAGUGCUGGGAUCACAGGCAUGCACCACUGCAACCGGUUAUUAUUUUUUCUUUCUACAGUUUCUAAUGUCUGGUUAGUAUGAUACUCAUCCUUGAGUGAAUUCUACUUUGUGUAGCUUUAUAUUUUCUAAGCAAGCUUAGUAGAUCCUUUAUAACAUCGAGUUAUUUCUAGUUUCACUUAUAUCAUAGGCAUAAAAGCACAUGAAAAAG